UGUUUCUAAUGUUUGAUAGAGAUCCUGUUAUUCACAUAACUGUGGAGUGACUUGGCUAACUGACAUAUGUUCUUUAGGAUCCAUGGAGCACGUAACACAUCCUGAUGCUGUUCUCAGCCUUCUGUGGCCUCUUGGUCACCGUUUCCUACCAUCUGAGCUGGCAGAGCAGUGACCCAUCUGUGUUCAUGUUCUUCAUUCAAUGCAGACUGUUUCCUAAGUUUUUACAUCAAAAUCUGGAAGAGUCAGCUGCUGAUCCUCUCCCCAAGAAGAUGAAAGAUUCUGUGACGGAUUCCGGCUUUGUCACCAGGCUGGAGUGCGCUGGCCCAAUCUUGGCUUACUGCAGCCUCCACCUCCUGGGUUCAAGCAUUCUUCCUCCUCAGGCCUCCGGAGUAUCUGGGACCACAGCAUCACUGCAGGAUGAGUAUUUUGUGUCAAGUGGAUUCAAGGAACAGUGCGAAGGAUCCAUGGCCUCAGUCGUGAAGACCCUCCCAAGAGCCAACUGUCCUGGGCACAUAUAAAUGAGUGGAGACAUGGAACUCACCCUUACAAGGCCUAGAACCUGACAGAGCAUACAAGACUGAAGCCCAAAUAACCAAGAACAGGAAGCUGAAGGUGACAUAGGAGGCUUUGUGGGUAACAGGCAUCAGCCAGGGCCAGCAGCCUUCAGUCAGAAGCUGGUAGUGGGAGGAGGAGGAGAUUGUUGCAUAGUCCCCUUAUAGGUCACUAUGGGGAACUUCCUAGGCCCCAGGGCUGGCCUCAUUUGUGCCUGGUGCCGGGAGGCAGUGGCGUCAUGUUGUGGGACUCAGUCUGUGGCAGCUACACCACCAGAAUCCACGACUGCAGAGCCUGACUUUGUAUAUGCCGGAGUGGUGGAGGUCCAGCAUGUGCAGCCCAAGUCAAAGCGGCGCAAAGGUUUGGCUGGCCGCGUGAGGAGCUGGGUACAAAAACGGAGGCGUAAAAAAAUUUGCCCGACUGCAAAUGAAGCUCCUCUUCAAGACCAGAAGAAAACCUUAAAGAGACGUGAAAACCUUAAAGAGACAUCACCUGACAUAGAGAAACAUGUCACCCAGUAUUGCCACCGUGCUGUUCAGGUCCCACAAGACCUCAGCCUGGAACACAUCAAGGAUGAUGAGCCACCCCGUGAUGUGAAGAAGCCCACCGUUUGGUGUUACCGCCGUCCCGUUGAAAUCCCGCAUGACCUCAUAUUAGAAGACAUCGAGGAUGAGGAGCUACCCCGUGACGAGGAGAAGCCCGCCGUUUCGUGUCACCGCCGUCCCGUUGAGGUCCCGCAGGACCUCAUACUAGAAGACAUCGAGGAUGAGGAGCUACCCCGUGACGAGGAGAAGCCCGCCGUUUCGUGUCACCGCCGUCCUCUUGAAAUCAUCUUAGAGGAUGACGAGGAUGAGGACCUACCCCGUGAUGUGGACUCCGUGACAGCCCCAAAUGACCUCCGUGUGAGGAUCUCGGGUGUGCUGUGAGAAACAGAUGUCUCCAUGAAGAACUCAGCUCUAGACAGUGGAAUCUCCAUCAUGCCCUAUUGAUUCUACUGUUGAAAUAGGUUUUUGUUUCCUUCUGAAAACCUUCACACAGAGAGCCAAGGUAGCUGCUUUAAGUCAUGAUCAAUGUUAAGUAGACCACAUGAUGGUUUGAGGGGUUUUUUUUGGAGCAUUCAUUCUGUGA